GCCUGCUCCAAUAGCUCUCAAUCAUCGAGCCUUGUACAAGCAGACGGCGUUUCUUCAGCCCACACGACCUUACCUAACAAUGCAAUUCCUAAGCGCACUCGCUUCCAUCACCCUACUGGUGUCCUUUCCUCUUACCCUACAUGCACAAAACGUUCCUAAUGAUUAUAUCAUUAAAGAAUAUACGGACCCUUCGAAACCCUAUCUGCAGGUCCUCGAUGCGAAAGGGAAAGUUGCUUACACUUUCGAGAAAGCGUACGAUUUCCCAUCCCAAUAUAAGAACACGGUCACUAUCGCGGACCCAUCUCUCAAACCGAUAUUUUCUAUGGUCUCGAGCGAUGACCAAUGCAGAUUAAAGACACACUAUGCCCAGCUCCGAGGUCCCGCUGCUAAAGACAACUUGCCGAAGCGAGAAUAUAAGUAUGACAAUUCACGUACAUUUGGCAAAAUUCUCUGGCGCUUCAACUUCUAUUCCGAUGGCGCAGGUGCCCGGGAAUACUACAAGUUUGAACGAAAUCGUACAAACAAAGGAGGUCGAAUUUAUAAGGUGGCCGCGGGUCAGCCUUCCCAACUGGUAGGCCUGCUCAGAUUUCAAGUUCGGCGCGAUAACUGGGUGGGUCCUGACACUGUCAAUGGGAUCAAGACUUUUACUCUUUCAUGCAUCGAUGGUGCUCCACUGCCCGAAUUGGUCACCUUGCUGGGUAUGGUCUUUUAUCGAUGCUGAACUCGUAUGAUUGCAGAACGGACUCUUUUUUUGUGUGACCCAUUUGUCUUUCCUUCAAACUAUUGGACACUUUGGUUGAAAUUUCAA